AUGGUCAAGAUUGAAGUAAUUUCUCGUACAAAAGGGUUGAAAGGUCUCUCAACUGAUGAAUUGGCUAUUGGGGAACCAACCAGUGAACUCAUUAAAUUAAUCUCUGAGGCAAACAGAAACAUUUCCAUUGAUAGACUUCGUGUUACCAUAAAAGAUGUUGGAAGUAGGAAAGUUCUGCAAAUUCCCUUGGACCCAAAAAUUUCAAUCGCGGAAUCUGCGGGUAUACCUGACGAUGCUCAGGAAAUCACCUUGUAUGUGAAGGAUUUAGGACCUCAGAUUGCUUGGAGAACUGUCUUCUUAGUUGAAUACUUAGGGCCACUUUUGAUUCAUCCAGUUUUCUAUCAUUUGACCUCAAUUUACUCCGGUUUAGAUGUUGCUCACACGCAAACCCAACAAUUGGCCUAUGUAAUUGUUUUGUUGCAUUUCCUCAAAAGAGAAUUAGAAACUGUCUAUGUACACAAGUUCAGUUCAUCUACUAUGCCAUUGUUUAACAUAUUCAAGAAUUCUUCUCAUUACUGGAUAUUAUCUGGAUUUAAUUUGGCAUACUUCAUUUAUGCCCCACAAAAUCCAUCGUUCAAGUCUUCAUGGUUGACAAAGACUUUAUUCCAUGUUAAUGAUUUACCUUCGUAUCUCAAUUACACCCUUUUCUUUGCUUGGUUGGCAGCAGAAAUUGCUAACUUUAAAUGCCACUUGAUUACUUCAAAUUUGAGAAAGUCUGAUGGUGAAGGUUACGUUAUUCCAUAUGGUUUCUUCUUCAAGUAUGUUUCUUUCCCCAACUAUUUCUUUGAAACUUUGGCUUGGUUCAUUUUUGCAGUAUUGACCGGAAACUGGACUGCCUACGUCUUCUUGGUGGUUGCUGGUGGUCAAAUGUUGAUUUGGGCUAUUCAAAAACACAAGAAGUAUUUGAAAUUAUUUGGUGACGACUACAAGAAGUUGAAAAGAACCUCCAUGAUUCCGUAUGUAAUUUAA